AUGGCGCCUCGCGACCAAAGUCCACGCUCAAGCGAUCACCGCCGCCCAUACUCAGAUCGUCGCGAUCACAAUCAAAGAGACACACGCGACUCACGACCACGCCGCGACCGCAGCAACUCACGCGACCGCGCUCCUCACUCUUCGCGCGGCGGCGCCCGCAGCGGCAACACUUCCUACAGACACUCAGACCGCGACGCCAGACCAGCCCGCUCACGCUCACCCGAGCGCUUAUCACAUGCCGGCUACAACAGCUCUGCCCGCCAGCGAUCUCCGCCUCGUGCCCCUCGUGGUGCGCCCAACGGCCGCGAUUACCGCAAGCCGAACGGCAAGGCAGAAGAGGCUCCCGCGCCGAUAGACCCUGAUGAGGACGAGGAGACGGCGAUGAAGAGACUGAUGGGUUUCAGCGGUUUCAGAAGCACCAAAAACACAAAAGUGCCCGGCAAUGACAAGCUGUAUGGAGUGAGGAAGGAUAAGAAGACCGAGUACAGACAGUACAUGAACCGUGUUGGCGGAUUCAACAGGCCACUCAGUCCUACGAGAAUGUGA